GUCCCCGAAUUGCGUUCCUUUCUGGGUCUGUCGCUUUCGACGUGCCUUGAGCGACGUCUAGAGAGGCCGCCAUCACUGCGGGGGCAUUUUUCUAUACCUCUUACGGCUCCCGGUGUCCAGAUACUUCGGCCCUUGCCCUUUGACCCUGCUCUCGCAACGGGGUGAGAGGUCGGUGGCCAUCUUGUGGCAGCGGCGCGGGCGGCUGUUACUGCGGAGACCCAUCCCCUCCCCCUGCGUUGUCUGCCUGGCGGUCUGUCAGUCACUAAAGAGUCCCCCAGGCCGUCAGGUGAGGCCCCGGCCUCGUGCUGUCGCUCUUCCCGCCGCACUGGGCGGCCCAGGCCGCUCCCUGCCGGGCCUCGCCGCCGCCACCAUGUCCUCCUUUUCGGAGUCGGCACUGGAGAAGAAGCUCUCGGAGCUGAGCAACUCUCAGCAGAGCGUGCAGACCCUGUCCCUGUGGCUCAUCCACCACCGCAAGCACGCGGGACCUAUCGUCUCGGUGUGGCACCGCGAGCUCCGCAAAGCCAAAUCAAAUAGAAAGCUUACUUUUCUGUACUUAGCAAAUGAUGUCAUCCAAAACAGUAAAAGGAAAGGACCUGAAUUCACUAGAGAAUUUGAAUCUGUCCUUGUGGAUGCUUUUUCUCAUGUUGCCAGAGAGGCAGAUGAAGGCUGUAAAAAACCUUUAGAAAGAUUGCUGAACAUCUGGCAAGAAAGAAGUGUGUAUGGCGGCGAGUUCAUACAGCAACUGAAGCUGUCUAUGGAGGACUCCAAGAGCCCUCCCCCCAAAGCAACAGAGGAGAAGAAAUCUCUGAAGCGGACUUUUCAACAGAUACAAGAGGAGGAAGAUGACGACUACCCUGGAAGCUACUCUCCCCAAGAUCCUUCUGCAGGACCCCUCUUGACUGAAGAACUAAUCAAAGCUUUACAGGACCUCGAAAAUGCUGCAUCAGGGGAUGCUACUGUCCGUCAGAAAAUUGCUUCUUUGCCCCAGGAAGUACAAGAUGUUUCUCUAUUGGAAAAAAUAACAGACAAAGAGGCAGCUGAACGUCUUUCAAAAACAGUAGAUGAAGCAUGUCUGUUACUAGCAGAAUAUAACGGGCGCCUGGCAGCAGAACUUGAAGACCGGCGCCAGCUGGCUCGGAUGUUGGUGGAGUAUACCCAGAACCAGAAAGAUGUUUUGUCAGAAAAGGAGAAAAAACUAGAAGAAUAUAAACAGAAGCUUGCUCGGGUAACCCAGGUCCGUAAGGAACUGAAGUCUCAUAUUCAGAGCUUGCCAGACCUCUCAUUGCUGCCCAACGUCACAGGGGGCUUGGCCCCUCUACCCUCCGCUGGUGACCUGUUUUCUACUGACUAGGACAGGUGUUACGCCCAGAUUCCCAUCUCUACCAGCAGAAAAGAGGGCGAGUCAUGGUUGGAAAUAACCUUAUAGCCCCUGGUUCUAUCCCUCCUUCCGCCCGGCCCCCCAACCUCCCAGCCUCAAGAAAGAACCGCAGACUCUGAUUUUCCUCUCCGGCCUCUCAUGUUGAGCACAAUUCAGAAAAGUGGCAAGUGGAAUCCAGUUUCGAGUGAUAUUUGGAAAAAAUACAAACUUUAUGUUUUUAUGCCACUGUUGAUUUUCCAUUCUUAGUUCUCUCUUUACAUCCAAGAAGUUAUGAAAAUCAUGUGUAUUCUGGAAGCUUUCAGAAGAAUCUCAUCCCUGAUGACAGCACUGUGUCAUGAAAGCAGCUUCUCCCAUCUGAGCAGGGCUUGUUCAGGCUCAGUACAGGCCUCCCCGAGGAACUCGCUCUGGGGUCGUUGGCUUUCCUGACUCCCAUCCAUCCACCCCUGAGGUCGGAGGCGCACCUGUGGAGCAGUUUCGCCAUCAGGAGUUUGUCAAAUCUGAUUCUCCCUCACCACUACUUCUGGCGAUGUGUAGUCAAAGGUUAGGUGCAUUUGUCUUGUGAGCAGACUAGAGAAUCUAGCAAUAAGAUUCAAAGCUGAUCUGGGGCAUACAGUCAUAGUUCAGAGAGUAACAGGGAUCAGAAAUGUGAGUUAAAAAUAAGUUAUUCACUUCAGGUUCCUACAAACAACCUUCCCAGGCUACACUUAUAAAGGGUCCCACCCACUGUCAUAGAGCACGUUCCUAAAAACAUGAUCCUUUGACCACAAUUGGUCGGGAAGGUGGUUGUUAGAAAUGGCACUUGUGGGCCCCAAAAGCUAAAGGCAUACCGAGAGUCUGGGCUUUGCGUGGAUAUUGCUUUGACCCUUUCUCUUGGGAAGUAGGGCACGCGCUAACAUUUAAUUCACUGUGUGGGCACAUGUCCUCAGUAUGGUGACUAAACUUGAAUAUCUCCCUUGCAAAUAUGACACUGUGCAUGUUCCUCUGCCCAUCAGUUCACGCCACUGCACAUUUCCUUGUACCUGUAGGAGGAUGAGUCCUUUGUAUCAGAUGUUAUUGAAUAGCUCAUCUUGGGCAAGGGAAGGGGGCAGUCGGGGAUAUUAAUUUUGGGUUUUAAUUAUAUUAUCAUGCCAGCUGACAUUAGGACUACAUGAUGUAGUUAGGAUUUUUACCUUGCUUUUAGUAAAGGUUAGGCCUGCUAACUGUAAAUCAUUCUAAUUUGACAGGCUUAUUUUUGACAUUGGAAAGGGCAGAAAACGAUUUGCCCCAGUAGUGUAAUAGGAAUUAUAGCCCAGAGGCUGAAAUCCAAAAGCUGUAAAAGGAUUCAGUUGGGGCAGCGGGAGGUGGGGCGGGGGGGAGGGGUGGCACCUUCAGAAUCUUCCUUAUUUUGAGUUGCUAUUUUCAGGUUUACCAAAAAGGCAAUUACAUGUAAUUUUACAUGUUAAACAUGUUAAAACAUAACCUAUGUUUUUAAAAGUGUAACAGGCUGUCCUUGGAUGAGCCCUCCAGCCUGCUGUGAAGGGAGAACAAUGGAAAGUCAUAGGUUUUCAGUUUAACUCUCUGUUGAACCUAGUAGCAUUUAAGCUACUUUUCAGAUUCUAAUACAGACUGUGCGUUGUUUGCUUAUUGACA